AUGUAUCCAUGGUCAUUGAUGGUGGAAUUUGUGACACACCUUUUGUUUAGUUCCCCCCACCUUUGCUUUUCAGAACAACAAAAGAAGUCAGUUCUCAGCUGGGCCACUGCACUUGGUGCACACUCUGUACCAUCAAUGUACACACUGCUCAGGGACCUGAAGGAGAAGGUUACAAGUGCUUCUGGUAACAUUUUUUAUCUGAACUCCAUUAGCAAGGCAAUUGCAAUGGAUUAUGCAAAUCCCCUCAUGCAAUUUUCCAUGCAAGAUUAUCCAGAAGAUGGUCAAGGAUGGAUGUCACAAGUGCAUCAUGGGGAAAAGAUGCUUGAAGGCCUCCCAAAUAUCCUUUCACCACCAUGUGUUACUGUUGGCAUAAAUAUUUUCUUCAUUAAUGAGCUCCUCCAAUGCUCAAUGAAGGACUACUUUAUUCCAAAGAAGUUCUUCCAGGCAAAGUUCAGUGGAACACCUGAGGCUGAAGUUUUAGCUCCAGGACAUGGUGUCUCACAAACAGAGGAAGGAUAUGCCAUUGAUGCAGAACUCAUCAUUGUACUUGUCUUGACAUUCAUGUGA